GACAGCCUCGCGCUGCGACUGGCUGGCCUCGCGCGAGCGCCUGCGCGGAGUGGCUGGCGAGGUUUUAGAGGGAGUCCCGCUCUCCAAUUAAAGCGGCCCAGCUGCGCCUGGCUGCGCAUAGAGCUCCCUCCCAGGCCCGCGAACUUGGCCAUUCAGCCGCCGCUGUCCCCGCUGCGCGCCCUCGCGCCUCUGCCUGAGAAGCCAGGCGCUGUUCCUCCACCCCAGAAGAGGAUGGCAAAGGUGGCUAAGGACCUCAACCCAGGAGUUAAAAAGAUGUCCCUGGGCCAGCUGCAGUCAGCAAGAGGUGUGGCAUGUUUGGGAUGCAAGGGGACAUGUUCGGGCUUCGAGCCACAUUCAUGGAGGAAAAUAUGCAAGUCUUGCAAAUGCAGCCAAGAGGACCACUGCCUAACCUCCGACCUAGAAGACGAUCGGAAAAUUGGCCGCUUGCUGAUGGACUCCAAGUAUUCCACCCUCACUGCUCGGGUGAAAGGUGGGGACGGCAUCCGGAUUUAUAAGAGGAACCGGAUGAUCAUGACCAACCCUAUUGCCACUGGGAAAGAUCCCACUUUUGACACCAUCACCUACGAGUGGGCUCCCCCUGGAGUCACCCAGAAACUGGGACUGCAGUACAUGGAGCUCAUCCCCAAGGAGAAGCAGCCAGUGACAGGCACGGAGGGCGCCUUUUACCGCCGCCGCCAGCUCAUGCAUCAGCUCCCCAUCUAUGACCAGGAUCCCUCGCGCUGCCGUGGACUUUUGGAGAAUGAGUUGAAACUGAUGGAAGAAUUUGUCAAGCAAUAUAAGAGCGAGGCCCUCGGCGUGGGAGAAGUGGCCCUCCCAGGGCAGGGUGGCUUGCCCAAGGAGGAGGGGAAGCAACAGGAAAAGCCAGAGGGGGCAGAGACCACUGCCGCUACUACCAACGGCAGCCUCAGUGACCCGUCCAAAGAAGUGGAAUACGUCUGCGAGCUCUGCAAGGGAGUGGCCCCUCCUGACAGCCCCGUGGUCUACUCGGACAGGGCAGGUUACAGCAAGCAGUGGCACCCCACCUGCUUUGUGUGUGCCAAGUGCUCCGAGCCGCUGGUGGACCUCAUCUACUUCUGGAAGGAUGGUGCACCCUGGUGCGGCCGCCAUUACUGCGAGAGUCUGCGGCCCCGGUGCUCCGGCUGCGAUGAGAUAAUAUUCUCUGAGGACUACCAGCGUGUGGAAGAUCUGGCCUGGCACCGGAAGCACUUUGUCUGUGAGGGCUGUGAGCAGCUGCUGAGUGGCCGGGCGUACAUUGUCACUAAGGGUCAGCUUCUGUGCCCAACUUGCAGCAAGUCCAAACGCUCCUGAAGGGCUGCCCACUCACAGCCAGAAUCCACAGGAUCCCACUGAGAAGGAGAACCAGGUGUGCUGAGACCAUCCUAAGGGGCCGACAUGACAGCAAGCAAGUGACAUAAACAGUGAUUUGCUUUUCAGUGAGAAUAUAUAUAUCAUAUGUUAUAUAGAUUCUAGGAUGAUAUAUAUAUUCUAGGUUGGGUGGUGAUAGAUCCUUGAGGGUCAGUAGUUUCAAAACCAUAAAUAUUCUAAAUCCUAGGAUGGAGUUCCUUUUCUUUCUGUUGUUUCCCAGCUACAACCAACUAAAGAUACAAAUGGCGUUCUGCAAGGGGACUCUGGGAGGAGUUUUCCAGAAUGCAAUUCCGUGUGAGCAAAUCGCAUAGCUGUAGAAUGUGCGUGCUUUUUUGUGGACACAGGAGCUCCUCCAGGAGCAGGCUGGGAUCCCAACUAUCGCUUGUUGCCUCUUUUCAAGUGGAAUUUGAAUUUUAAAUAAACAACAUUUUUGGCAUGAUAAACAUAUCAAUAAAAGUUUUGUGAAUUCCACAUACACCCUUAUCUAAUUAUUUACACCAUGGCAGUGAUUCUGCAACAUCUACUUAACCCCACGACCCUGAAUGCCAGUGCUGGCAGAAAAUAUGGUAAAAUACUAAUAAGCCUCUCUAUCAGUGUAUCUCAUCAGACUUCCACUGGGAGUGUAGGCUUUGGGACAGAACCCCGCCCCAUCUACCUAUUCGAGAUACUCCCAGAUCACUAAUGUAACAAAGGUGUCAUGGUUUAUGGUACACUAAAAAGUGGCCUGCUGGGAACCGAUGAGCUUCUCUUUAGCCAGGUACCUGACUCAGCUGCCCUCAGAGCCCAGACAGAUCGUGAAUGAACCCCUCUGGGAAUAAGACCAGUACUGGGGAGCCACUGAACAGGGGCCACCUAAGCUCCAGCAAUGGGUGCCACAUGGGACGUGGUGACUAAUGUGGGCAGAUCUUUAAAAAUACAGCACUUUUUCAAAUGCCAAAAUAAUGGGAAAUAAAAUUUUUUUCAAUAAAAAUUAAUCUAAAAAAUUAAUGCCACUUUUUUGAGAAAUCUCAAUUUUUAAUGUUGCCAACAAAACAUUGAAUGAGUUAAGUAGAAUAGGUCUUUGGGCCAAAUUGUAUCUCCAUUUUAUGGUCUCCCUGAACAUUUUCAGCUCUUAAAUUAAUUUCUUUCCCACAAUUUCUAAGAAAAAUAUGUUUUUUUCUACUGGGAAUAUAAGGAUGAAAAAGACACAAGUCGUUGGAGCUUACAGUCUGGUCGCCAGUGGUUUUCUUUCUGGAACUUCCUCAUCUGCUGCCAGGUUUCUUUAACCUCACCAUCCAAAUUUUGCUCUGACCAUCUUGUACCUAGAAAACCCCCAUUUGUGUGCUUUAUAAGUUUCACCAAAGCCAUUGCUAUAUCCUCCCAAGGCAGUGGUGUUCUGCUCCCAGCUGCUUUCUCUAGUCACCCUCAGUUUCCUAGUUAUGUUCAUUUUCUCAAAGAUAAGUUUCAAGUGUGUCAUUUCCUUCACUCAAUCUCCAUAGCUCUUCAUUGCCUGCCAAGUCAAUAACCAAGUCCUCAUGGACAUUUGAAUCCUUCCAAAACUUGGCUUUGUUGUCUUUCUGGCCUUGGAGCCCUUUAUUUCCCUAGAUUUCCAGUUCCCUAUUCUUCCUAAGCAUGCAGAAGCUCCCUCUGAUCAAGGGAGCUUCCCUUUGCCUUUGCUAGUUGAGGACUGGCUACCUGAAGACCAACUCUGGCUGUUGAAAUUCUAUUCAUCCUAUAAGGUGCUUCUCAAGCAUAACCUGCUUCUCUGGCACUUUCGUGAAGCACUGGUGAAAUACUCACCAAUUCAUCAGUCAUUCAUCCAUUCCACAGAUAUUCAGUGAGCACAUCAAAGUUCCAAUUCCCAUGCUGAAUAUAGGGGAUACGGCGUGCGCAAAAAGAACAGUGACCCCUACACCCAUAGAUGUUAUGGUCUGUGGGGGAGAUGGACCUCAAGCAAAUACUCUCACAAGUCAAUGCAAAAUUACACCUACUGUGCAUGCUAUACAAGGAAGAUUUGUGUUACUAUAAUGCAUGUAAACUGGACUUAGGAAUAUCGAGAGAGGUGCCCCUGGGAAAGUGACACUUGAACUGGGCUGUAAAGGAUGAGUAGCCUUGCCAGGCAUAGUGGCUCAGGCCUGUAUUCUCAGCACUUUGGGAGGCCAAGGCAGGUGGAUCACUUGAGCCUAGGAGUUUGAGACCAGCCUGGGCAACAUGGCAAAACUCCGUCCCUACAAAAACUACAAAAAGUAGCUGGCAUGGUGGCACACCUGUAGUGUCAGUUACUCUAGAGGAUAACCUGAGCCCAGUAAGUCAAGGUUGCAGUGAGCCAUGAUCAUGCCACUGCACUCCAGCCUGGGUGACAGAGUGAGACCCUGUUUCCAAAAAUAAAAAUAAAAAAAUUUAAAAAGAAUGGGUUACCUCUAAGUUGGCAAAGAGAGAAAGGACAAUGGUUAAAGAUGGAUACAUGAACGCAUGUGCAAAGGCCCUGUGGUGGAAGACCCACCAGUUUAUUCAACACCUAUUUGCUGGUGUUAGAGAUACAGUGGUGAACAUGGCCCAUGGAUGGAACUGAAAGAGCAUGGUGAGGAGGGUGGGCCUGGGGCAUGAUAGGUGGGCAUGGCCAGCCUGCUCCAGUUUUUGGGGCAAUUCAAGACUGGUCUCUGUCCUAGGAGCAAGGGGGAUCCUUCAAAAAGCUUUAAGCAGGGGCUGGUAAUAGCUGGACAGGGAGAUCAUGAGAUACAUCAUCUCUUCUCUGUUGAAACCGCAGCACAAUGCCUGAUUGACUUUGUCCACUGGGUCACACCAUCAUGGAUGGGCAUUAUCUCCCACAACAGUCCCCACGGGGCACCAUCCAGAGCCUGUCCCUGCCUUUCUCAUGUCUAUUAAUGACACCCGUCCUUGCGUUUGGAGCACCUGAAUCAUCUCUGGCACUCGCCUUCAUAUCUGAUGGGUCACUCAGACCAGUCCUUUCUCUCCAUCCUCCCUUUCACUCCAUCCCAAAAGUCAUAUCUCACCUUGAACAUUUUCUCCUCAGACUGACAAGUCUCCCCUACAGGAACUCACCCUUUCCACCCACCACUUCCAGAUGAAUUGCUCAGAAACACAACCCUCAUCUUGCACUCUCCUCUUAAAGAACAAUCAGGGAGCAAUCUUGCACUCUCCUCUUAAAGGAACAAUCCUCUUAAAGAACAAUUCUGUGUUGCACACACAGAAAAAAAUUGAAACUAUUUUACCUUGUAAUCAAGUUUAUUUUUCCUGCCCCAACUCUCCUUCCUUCCUGUUAUCCUUUCAGAAGCCAAAUGGGCAGCUUGCAGUCACAGUAUGUGCCCCUGCUUUCCUCACCUCUGUACCAUCACUCAGGCUGUGCCUUUUGCCUGGAAUUCCCCACAAUUAAACACUGUGUUUAAUUGCUACCUCUGCUGGGGGGCUGCAGUAGCUGAGUGGGAUUCUGUACCAGAAUUGGAAAGAUCCAUGUUAACUCUUGCCUGAUUCUAUCUCCCAUGUCAGCAGGAAGAGGGGCUGCCAUCCCCACCCCUCCCACUCUCUAGGAAGAUUUUCCUCUCUCACCCUUCCUUUGGGGUGUUUUAGAUGCCCUUUAUCUGUAAGCUCAUAAUAUCCCAGGCUUACAAUAAUUCUUCCACGGCCUUUAUUGUGCUAUAAUUAUUUGUUCAUGAAAGCCUUCCCCUAUGAACUUCUAAAGAAUAAUUGUAUUAUCUUUAUUUCCCCAACUCUUAGUACAAAUCCUGGCCACUAAAUGAAAGAACAAACAACCUGGGGUUCUGGGAAGGUUCGUCUUUGCUGAUGGCACUGUGUUCCAAAAUGACCAAGGUCAAAUAUAAAAAUUUCAGAUUGAGAUGAGGUAGACACUGCUGGCGGCCUACACGUUGCCACCCCACUCCACUUCCUUCUUCCUAGUGGCAAGGAAGCGGUGGAUGGAGAGGGUGAGUUCCUGUCAGGGAGACUUGUCAGUCUGAGCAGAAAAUGUUCAAAGUGAGAUAUGACUUUGGGGAUGGAGACAAAGGGAGGAUGGAGAGAAAGGACUGGACUGAGAGAAGAGCUCACUCCCCUUUAUGUAAAUUUGCUUUGCCAACCUUGUCUGUAGCUGGAGAAAGGCCAUGCGCCUCUAUUACCAGCCACUGGGGCUUGUGCUUUGGGAGGGUCUUAGAAAAGUGUUCUUCCUUAAUGAAAAGAGAUACUGUGCAGUAAAUAGCCCUGCUUUUGUUUUAUUUUCUUUUGAUAGAAUGUCAAACUUACGAAAAAAGUUACAAGAAGAGAACAAAGAGCCAUGGGAGGGUGUUGCUGACACAAUGCUUUAUCACUCUUGAAUAUUUUCAUGUGUAAUUCCUACAAAUAAGGACAUUCUCCCACAUAACCAUCAAAAGCAGGAAGUGAACACUGAUGUGUUUCUACCAUGAAAUCCUCAGAUCCAAUUCAAGUGUCACCAGCUGUCCCAAUAAUGUAUUUUAUAAGAAAAACAUUCAGUCAAAGAUCACUCAUUCCAUUUGGUUAUCUUGUCUCUUUAUUCUUCAAUUUGGAAGUGUUCUUUGUUCUUUCCUGAAUGUCCAUGACCUUGACAUCUUAGAAGAUUAAAGGUUGUUUAAAGUUGUUGAGUUAAAUAUCCAUUAAAUUAGGUUUGUCAGAUAUUUCCUCGAAAUUAGAUUCAGGUUAUGCAUUUUUUGGUAGGAAUACCACAGAAGUGAUGUUUUCUUUCUGUUGCAUCCAAUCAGAUGAUACAGGAUUUUGAUUUGUUCCAUUACUGUUGACAUUAAUUUUGAACACUUGAUAAUGCCAGUAUCAGCCAGAUUUUUCCAUUGUGAAGUCAUUCUUUUGUCCUUUGUAUUUAAUAAGUGUGUUUAGGGGCUUUGGGACUAUGUCAAUAUCCUGUUCUUCAUCAAAAUUCCACCCAUCGAACUAAUUAUUAUUAUGAUAGUUGCCAAAUGUUGGUUUUUCUAAUUCAAUCAUUUCUUUAGUGUUUAUUAGCAUUCUACUAUAAGGAAAAGCACUAUCUUCUCCCCAUUUAUUAAUUCACUUAUUUACAUCAGUUUGGAGUUAUGGAUUUCUAUUUUACUAAAUUGUUUAUAAUUGGUUACCAUCCUUAUUUAUUUUAAUGCUCAAAUUGUCCCAAAUUAUGGCCAAAGAAAGCUCCUUCAAACUGGUUGCUAUGUCCUUUGAACAUGGCCCGUCAUUCUUUAAACACAUUUUACAUCUGGCACAAUAACGUGCUCCAUACCCAUCCUGUAUUUUUCCUGCCCCAUCUUUGAAAUCAGUAAUUUCUGAAGGAGUUCCUUCUUAAUCUGGCUGUUGUUGUGUUGGAACUCCUGGUACCACCUUAGAACCUUAAGGAGACAAGCGAACCAAGCCAAUAAGCUUUCCAUGAUGCUGCUUAGAGUUAAACAGAGCCUAGGCACUGAGUUAUGUCAUGGAGACAGUGAACUAACCUCUAGACUGCUUGCUACAUGAGACAAUUGAUUUUCUUGUUUUCUAUGUAGGGCAGUACAUUUCCUCAUUUUGAAAUAUAUUUCUUCAACAUAUAGCUUUUCAUUAGUGUCAAUUAUAACCAAAAACAAUGUGACAGAUACCUGAGAUGUUUUACAUUGUAGCUUGGGUGAAUUAAACAUUUCUGAAACCAUUACACUUCCUAGUUUAUUUGGAUUUGUUUAAGUUGACAAAUAAAAAUUGCAUAUGUUUAUGGUCUA